AUGACAAUCGUUCACAUAGUGAUGUUCAAGUUCCGCUCCGAGGUGACUCAAGAGCACAAAGACACGUUCGUCCGCGAGCUCAAGAAGCUCAAGGAACUCGACUGCAUCAAAGGACACCGCCUUGUCGUCGGUGGACCGUCUGUUACAGACCCAAUCGAGAGAAGUAAAGGAUUCGAGUUCGCCCUGCUGAGCUUCCAUGAGAACCUUGCAGAGUUGGGGAAGUAUCAAGCCAGUAAGGAGCAUCAUUGGGUGACGAGCACGUAUAUGUUUCCGUACAAGGAGAAUCUGGUGCGGUUUGACUUUGAGGUUGAGCCGGAGGAUGAGUAUAUGUGGAAUUUUCUGCCUCUGGAGGGUAUCAACGGGGCGAAAUAG